AUGAGUCCCAUGCAUGUUAUAGGUGUGGCAUUUUGGUGUGCAAUUGUGAUACAUGUAGGGUAUGCUCAGCUUAAUCCUUGGUUCUAUAGGGAAACAUGUCCAUAUUUGUACACUAUUGUGCUUAGAGUUAUAUUUGAUGCUUCCCUCACUGAUCCACGUAUAGGUGCAAGUCUCAUCAGACUCCAUUUUCAUGAUUGCUUUGUUCAAGGUUGCGAUGGAUCAGUUUUAUUGAACAACACUCGUAGAAUAGUAAGUGAGCAACAAGCACGUCCAAAUAUAAACUCAAUAAGAGGUUUGGAUGUUGUCAAUAACAUCAAGACAGCAGUGGAACAUGCAUGUCCUGCUACCGUCUCUUGUGCCGAUAUUCUUGCUAUCGCAGCUGAAGUUGCUUCUGUUCUGGGAGGAGGUCCCUCAUGGCCAAUUCCUUUGGGAAGAAGGGAUAGUUUAACGGCAAAUCGAGCCCUUGCAAAUCGAAACCUUCCGGCACCAACCUUAACAUUGAAUCAACUUAAAGCUUCAUUUCGUGUUCAAGGUCUUAACACUAGAGAUUUAGUUACACUCUCAGGUGCUCAUACAUUUGGAAGAGCUCAUUGCAACACAUUCAUUCAACGUCUAUACAAUUUUAGCAACACUGGAAAUCCUGAUCCAACACUAAACACAAAUUACUUACAAACAUUGCGACGAUUAUGUCCCCGAAAUACAACAUUGAACAAUCUCAACAAUUUAGACCUUACCACACCAAAUCAAUUUGACAACAGAUAUUAUUCCAAUCUUCAAAACCACAAAGGCUUACUUCAAACUGACCAAGAGCUAUUCUCUACUCCUAAUGCAGAUACAAUUAAUAUUGUCAAUAGCUUUAGUAAUAACCAAGCUUUUUUCUUUGAAAAUUUUAGGGUUUCAAUGAUUAAAAUGGGAUAUAUUGGUGUGUUAACUGGUAAUAAAGGGGAAAUUAGGAAACAUUGUAAUUUUGUGAAUGGUGAUUACUCUCAAUUAGUUGGUGGUGCAUCAAAAGGUUCAAAAGAUGGGCUUUCUUAA